UGUCUAUGUUGCUUCCUCAAUCGUCUUAUUCCUCCAUCUUGUUAGGGUUUGUAGAUUUUGCAGUUUGUCUUCAAUUCUUUACGCUCAUCGUUCUUAACAACAGCCAUCUAUAGGACUUCGAAAUUGUGCUUUCUUUAUUGACCUAUACUUUAUUGUAUUAACCCAUAUUUUCCUGCAUCACACCAUACAAAUAGAACAUCGCAAUUCCUCCACGAUUUCCUUUAGGAAUCUCGUGAUAGGGUAUGGUCUUUUGUUAGUUGUUAGGAUUUUAGCUAAUUGCUACAAAAUUGCUUGAUUAUAGUAAAAUUGACCAAGGUUUCUUUUUAUUAUUAUUAUUAUUACUAUUAUUGUUAUUAUUAUUAUUUGUAUUAUUAUUUGCUUGGUUUCCAUCCACUUAAAAAUUCCAAAUAAUUGUAUUGUAGUGAAUUUAUAAUGAUGUGUUAUGUUCUCUGAAUCUGUACAUAUAAUGGUAAGCACAGCUUUUGAAGAACCUUUCUACCUGAUCUUUUAGGUUAUAUUUGAGAUUCUGUCAGUGAUUGCUGAAUUGUUUCAACAUUUUUAUCUUAUGAUCUGGCUGUUGUAAUGUAAUGAACUAGGGAUUUGGUCCUGAGAAAGGGUGAAAGGAGGGUGAAGAGAAAUAUUAGAAGAGAAUAUGUCAGAAAGGGAUAAACAAUGUUGGUCAUUAUGUGCAUUUAGAUUAUGCAUUCUCCUACAUUAAGCUUUUCCCUUCAUUUGUCGAUUAGUCCUACAUGACCAAACAAGAAUAUCAACAAACAAGAACAUACUGAAGUUUCAAUAUGCAUUUGCUUUCGGAUCUGCCAUUCUGUUGGAUGAAUGUAAAUACCCUUAGUGAAAAUAAUUAUAGUUUUAGUCAGACAAUAUUAAGGAUAGAGAUUUUGACUAGAUAUCAUAGAAAAAAAAUAAGAAUAUUAAGAUACUAAGUUGCUUGUAUCUGUGUUACUUUAUCUGAGCUCUCUCUCUGUCUGUUUAUUGUGACAUAUUUAUGAUUGAUGCUCUCCAGCUAUUUAUGAAGUUAUGGGACCUAGAAUCACCUUAAAUCGCUAUGAUUUCUAGCUGUAAUAUUCUGUGGAAGUUCAGAGAUUGAACAAACUCUACAUCUUUCACUUCAUAAGUACGCUUCCUAUCAAAGGAAGACAAAUCAGAGACAUUAUUAUCUAUUGCCUCUUGCAUGAGGUUACUGAUGGGGACUGAGCUUAUGAGAAUAUGUGUCAAAGAAGAUAAUGAUGACUUUCCAUCAGUUCCACCAGGUUUUGAGUCAUAUACAUCUUUCUCCCUGAAGAGGGUAGAAGAGAAUGAGAAACAAGGCGAUAAGAAUAUGACCAGUUGUUCAGCCUCUACAAGUGCUUCUGAAUCACAAUCAACUCAGGUGGAAAAUGAUGUUGAAGUUCGUGGUACUGCAAAGGUUCCUAGAUCCGUUCGAGGAAGACCAUGGAUUAACUAUGGUCGGUUUGAGAACAGUUCAGAAGAAGACUCUGAUUGUGAGCGGCUUGAUCAAAAUUUCUCCUCAAGACCUUGUCUCCCCAGGGGAGUCAUCCGUGGAUGUCCAGAUUGCAGUAAUUGCCAAAAGGUUGUUGCCAGAUGGCGACCGGAAGAUGCCCGUAGGCCAAAUCUCGAGGAUGCUCCUGUUUUUCGCCCCACUGAAGAGGAGUUUCAAGAUACUUUGAAAUAUAUAUCAAGCAUUCGCGCCAGUGCUGAGCCAUAUGGAAUUUGUCGCAUUGUUCCUCCGUCUUCUUGGAAACCCCCUUGUCCUCUCAAGGAAAAAAGUGUAUGGGAGGGUUCUAAAUUUGCUACUCGUGUUCAGAGGAUUGACAAACUUCAGAAUCGUGAGUCAGUGAGAAAGAUAUCAAGGAUUCAAAGUAAUAUGAAAAGGAAAAGGAGAAGAUGCACAAGAAUGGGAAUGGAUAAUGGCACUGGAAGGGGACCUAAUAUGGGAUUUUGUGAAGCUGAAAGGUUUGGGUUUGAACCUGGUCCAGAAUUUACCUUAGAGACAUUUCAGAGAUAUGCGGAUGAUUUUAAGGCCAAAUACUUCAGACAAAAUGAUAAUAUAUCUCAUUUAGGUGCUAAUACAACAAUUUUGAAUGGCACCUUGGAGCCUUCUGUGGAGAACAUAGAGGGUGAAUAUUGGCGGAUGGUCGAGAAUCCUACUGAAGAAAUUGAGGUGCUUUAUGGAGCUGAUCUGGAAACUGGGGAUUUUGGGAGUGGUUUUCCUAGUAAGUCUAGUCAUGUUAGUUCUGCAUCACAUGAACAUUACAGAAAAGCCGGCUGGAAUUUAAAUAACUUUGCAAGGCUACCUGGAUCUGUACUCUCUUAUGAAAGUAGUGAUAUAUCUGGUGUUCUGGUGCCAUGGUUGUAUGUAGGAAUGUGCUUUUCCUCCUUUUGUUGGCAUGUGGAAGAUCACCAUUUAUAUUCCCUGAAUUAUAUGCAUUGGGGUGCUCCAAAAAUGUGGUAUGGUGUCCCUGGAAAAGAUGCUUGCAAAUUGGAAGAGGCCAUGAGAAAGCAUUUACCUGAACUUUUUGAAGAACAACCUGACUUGCUUCAUAAGCUGGUCACUCAGCUUUCUCCUUCUAUCCUUAAGUCUAAAGGAGUGCCAGUUUAUAGGUGUGUCCAAAACGCUGGUGAAUUUGUUCUGACAUUUCCUCGAGCCUACCACUCUGGGUUCAAUUGCGGCUUCAACUGUGCUGAGGCUGUUAAUGUAGCUCCUGUUGACUGGCUGCCCCAUGGGCAUAUCGCUAUAGAGCUGUACCGGGAGCAGGGACGCAAGACUUCUAUAUCCCACGAUAAGCUGUUGCUUGGGGCUGCAAGGGAAGCAGUACGAGCUCAAUGGGAGCUUAAUUUGCUGAAGAAAAAUACUUCAGAUAAUCUACGAUGGAAAGAUGUCUGUGGAAAGGAUAGCCUUCUGGCAAAAGCACUCAAGAUGCGUGUUGAGAUGGAGCGAGCAAGAAGGGAAUUUCUCUGCAGUUCUUUACAGGCAUUAAAAAUGGAGAGUGGUUUUGAUGCUACAAGUGAAAGGGAAUGCAACAUUUGCUUUUUUGAUUUACAUCUAUCUGCAGCUGGUUGUCACUGUUCCCCAGAUACAUAUGCUUGCUUGGAUCAUGCAAAGCACUUUUGUUCAUGCCCUUGGGAUUCCAAAUUUUUCCUCUUUCGUUAUGAUAUUAGUGAACUAAAUAUUCUUGUUGAGGCAUUGGAAGGAAAAUUGAGCGCGGUAUACAGAUGGGCAAAAUUCGAUCUUGGGCUGGCAUUAACUUCUUAUGUCUCAGUAGACAAGGAAACAAUACUUAAGGAAUUGAGAACGCAUUCGUCCAACUUGUCUCAUUCUUCCGGGGCCACUUUGCAUCCUUCAAAUAAAUUUAUUGAAGAUUCUCAGUUGAUAGAUGUUCCAAUAGAGAAUCAAGCAAAUCCAGCACAUAGCGAAGAUCAGAGCUAUCUUCAACAGAGGAAAUCUGCAGAAGCUGUGUCUCCUUUGAGUCACAUGAAGGAACUGUUAACAAUUAAUUGCUCAAAACCAACAUGUGAGGCGGCUAAUCUUAAUAUCUGUGUUAAUAAAGAAGGAUCUGUUAUUUGCAGAACAAAGUUGAGAACCCCUGGUAGUCAAUUGUCUCAAGAGGAUUCAUCAUAUGCUUUAUCUCUGCCUCUAGCUCAAAAUGGAGGUGAGAAAAGUUCACUCUACAGGCACAACAGUAUUAUACUUCUUAGUGACGAUGAAGAUGAUAAAAUGAAGAUGCCAGAUUCAAAUAGAAGGAAGGAUUCUUCUCAGAUGCUUCAAGGUUCUAGAGAUAAAGCAAGCCCAUGUAACAAUAUAGAAAAUACACACUUGACCAUCCCUGUGACAGAUGCUGCUGUGAUGGGUGAAAAGGAUGUUAUUGCAUUGCCUCGCAAAGAUAAAAGUCCUGACUCAACUCAGCUUUUGCAUGUGAAACAGGAAUGUCAUGAAAACAGAGGACCAGUUCUUGCUUCUACCCCAGUAGAUCUUUCUUUUCAUAUAGGUCUUACUAGUGCAGAAUCAGUUGGAAAUAUUCCAGCUUCUUCAAUAGUAGAGGCUGGCGGUCAUCGUUUGGAAAGUUCAGGGGUUUGUCCUGUGGACCCACAACCUUCUGGCACUAUCAAGGUUAAAAAUGAGGAUAAUGAUGAAAAGUUUGGAGGAUGUGCCACCUCUAAUGUAGCAGACAAUGUAAGAGCCAUUAAUGGAAACUUUUCUUGCAACCUAAACAAUAAUCGUCAGAAAGGACCUCGUAUUGCAAAGGUUGUCCGGCGUAUCAACUGCAAUGUUGAACCUUUAGAAUUUGGAGUUGUGCUUUCUGGAAAGUUAUGGUGUAGCAGUCAAGCUAUAUUUCCAAAGGGAUUUAGAAGCCGUGUUAGAUACAUAAGUGUCUUAGAUCCAUCCAGUAUGUGCUACUAUAUUUCAGAAAUUCUUGAUGCUGGACGUGAUCGACCUCUAUUUAUGGUUUCCUUGGAAAAUUGUCCAAGUGAGGUCUUCAUUCAUUUGUUGGCUACAAGAUGCUGGGAACUGGUAAGAGAGAGAGUGAAUCAGGAGAUCACAAAGCAACAUAAGCUGGGAAGAAAGGGUCUUCCUCCUUUACAGCCUCCUGGCAGCCUUGAUGGCUUUGAAAUGUUUGGGUUUUCUUCACCAGCAAUAGUGCAGGCUAUUGAGGCACUGGAUCGAUGUCGAGUUUGUAAUGGAUAUUGGGACUCACGGCCCUACUCCAGGCCUCAAGGGCAGUUUUCACAAGCUUACCAAACCGAUGUUAAUGGUGGAAAUGGUCAAGGGGUUCUCAUGAAUCAGCACAUGCCCGUUGGAGUUGUUGCAAUACUAAGGAACCUAUUUAAAAAGGUUAAUGCAGAAGAAUUGAACUCAUUGUAUAGCAUUCUUAGUGACAAUAUGCCAGCGGCUGACAGGGUCCUAAUAGCGCAACUUCUCAAUGAAGAAAUUCACAAAUCACAACCGCCCUAGGUGAUUGAUUAUUUGGACGGAAUUGUUCAUACGCCUAACCUUUUCUUAACAUGUAAAUUGUAAUUCCUGAGGUUGCACAUGCAAUUUCAUGCAACCUUAAUCUUUGGUUUUUUCACCUGAAUGGAAGUUAUAGAGAAAGGAAAAAGAAAUAAAAUUACACAAAGGUAAAAAGAAAGCCUAUUUCCCUUUUAAAUUUUGCUUAUUUCAAGUGGCAGCGAGGAUAGGAAGUUGUCGAGUGUCACUUUGGCUGCCUCAUCUGAAAGAGAGUAUAGGUACGAGUCCACAAUGUAAUAAUAUUUUCAAAUUUUGUCGUAUUUGGAAU